AACGUUCAAUACUUUUCAUGUUUUGCUUUUGCCUGACGCGUUUUUAUAGAUUUGACAAAGCCACAAUUGUUGCCGUCAGUGCUAACUUAAGCUAAGCGAGCUAGCUCGCUUGUUAGCUUCAUUAACGCUUCUCUCAUUUGUUGUCCUGCUAACCACGAUAAUGAACACCAUGUUGGCGCACGGUGCUUUCACACGCGGACCUUCCGUGUUGGCCGCGGGUGGCAACUUCACCACGUUGUGCCCCAAUGGCUCCGCGUGGGUGUGGGAAGGUCUCGGCGAGUGCGCCCAGGACGGCAGAGACAUGGCCAGCAUCUACCUGGGCCUGCUGUCCAUCCUCUGCUUCAUGAUGUCCUCGCUACCGCAGUAUUACAGCUCCUGCAAAACGGGCAACAUGGACAGCGCCCUCUCCAUCUGGUUCCUGCUGCUGUGGCUGGGGGGCGACACCUGCAACUUGGUGGGCUCCUUUUUGGCCGACCAGCUCCCGCUUCAGACCUACACUGCAGUCUACUACGUGCUUGCAGACCUGAUGAUGCUGGCCAUGUACUUGUACUACAAGACCAGGAACAAAAUGGAGGAAAGCAGGAGGGUGUUCCACCUGGUGGGCGUGGCCUGCGUCCUGGGCUUCACGACAGGCUUCACCGACCUCCCAGGGUGGGGCGCCGCCCGACAGGAAGUGAUGUCAUCCCAGUACACAGGGCGCACGUUGCUGUCCAACACUAAUCUUGCUGCUGUCAGGUCCUUCACGCCCAAAGAGAUCAUUGGUUUCUCUAUUGGCUCCGUGUCAUCCGUGCUCUACUUGUUCUCCAGACUCCCUCAGAUGUACACCAAUUUUCAGAGAAAGUCCACUGAGGGUGUGUCCUACUUCCUGUUUGCUCUGGUCAUCCUGGGGAACACCACCUACGGUUUGAGUGUGCUGCUGAAGAACCCAGACCAGGGCCAAGGAGAGAACAGUUACGUCAUCCAUCACCUGCCUUGGCUGGUUGGCAGCCUGGGGACUUUGUGUUUGGACUUGUUUAUCUCCUUCCAGUUCUUCCUGUACCGUAAAGCUGCAGUGAGGCUGCAUGCCGACCGCUCUGAUGGGGAGCCUGAGACCACGCCUCUAAUAGGGAGCUAAGCCCCUGCCACCUCCAGAUCAAAUGACAGCAAAUUGACUUUUAAUGUUCUACUUGUAUUUAUUGACUUGUGCUUUUAUCUUGAAAGGUGCAGACGACAUUGUUGGCAUUCCAAGAUGACUUUUAAAAGGGAGUCGGGGGAAAAAAGGUGUUAAAUCUUUUAUAAGGGAAAAAAAAAAACAUUUUUAAGUUGCAAAACCAAAACUUGCUGCUGCAUGAAUCAUAUUGUAACUUUAUUUUUAUGAUGUAAAUGUAACCUAUUUUUAUUGAUAAGUGAUCAUCACUCAAUGGUGCUUUUAAUUUGUUAUUUUUAGAUGCAUUUCAAGUUUUGUUUUAAGAUGCUUUUAUUGUGUUGUUUUUAGACACAUAUUUGCACAGGUGAUAGAUGGUAACCAUGGUAAUUACACACUAUUUACAGUUUCACCCCUUAUCUCACUCUUUUUGCACACUUUUAUUGGUCAGUGUUCUAAAUAAACCAUUGAAUUCUG